AGAAUAUAACUAGAUUGUUUCAAAGAAAUUAAAUGUUUUCAACACUUUUUCGAGCAUUUAAAUUUCAAAGAGUAAUUUUAUAUUAACCUAUUUACAGAAAUGAAAGAAUAAACAAUUUCAUUUCAUUAAUUUAAAUUAUUCCUUUAAUAAAAAAUAAAUGUGGAGUAGUUUACCUUAUUCUAACCUAAAACAACAACAAUGUCACGUGUAGACAUCGGUUUUGCAGAGCCCUGCGAGCCCUGGCGGCUCCUGAGUACGCAAUUUCCUUCAAAACUCGGCGGAAAACCAGCAUGGUUAUCCCUUAAGGACCUUCCAAACGCGGAAACACUCCAGUGCACGGUAUGUUCCAACCCAAAGACGUUUCUGUGCCAAGUUUACGCUCCACACGAAGAUUGCGAGAACAAUUUCCACCGAAGCGUAUACAUUUUCGCGUGCAGGAAUGCGACAUGCUGCAAGAAGAACGACAACACAACGUUCGCGGUCUUCAGGGACAAUUUACCACGACUCAACGACUAUUACUCAUUCGAUCCACCACCGGAAGACACACCAACAACAUUCAACCCACAACAAUGGCAAAAACUAUGCGCAUUAUGCGGCUGCGGAGCAGAAAAAUCCUGCGGGAAGUGCAAGACACCCUACUGCAGUCGCCAGCAUCAAGUCCUCCACUGGAAGGAAUCACAUAAAACCACAUGCAGUGAUACUUCUUCCGAUAACGGUGCUGGUAAAAGUUCGGUGCACCUGUUGAAGGAAUUCGAACUCGUCAUCGAACCGGAGGAGCUCGAGGCGAAGCAGGAAGUGGACGUCGAGGAGCAGUUGCGCGCUUGUGAUGAGCUACAGCGGGCGACAGGUGGCGAGCUGGCGGACGUCGAGGAGAGCGAGUUGGACCGGCACGCAGCUGUCGACGGUGAUAGGACUUUCACGCGUUUCCGGAAGCGAGUCGACUGCAAUCCAGAGCAAGUUUUGCGAUACGAACGCGAUGGUGAACCAUUGUGGAUCGCCGAAACGCCGAGACCCGAGGAAGUUCCGCAAUGUGAGUGCGGCGCGAGGAGAAGGUUCGAGUUUCAAGUGAUGCCGCAAUUUUUAGCGACUGUUAAUGAGCAUGAACUCGAUUUUGGGGUGCUGGCGGUUUAUACGUGUGAGAAAAGUUGCUGGGGAGGCAAAGGAUACAAAAAAGAGUUUAUUUUCAAGCAAGAUGUUGCUGAUUAAUUAUUUAUAUGUAUAUUAUGUAUAAUUAUAUAGAAAAUAAACUCAAUUUUGCAAAAAAAC